AUGGACCCCGUGAAGCGCAUCACGUCGGAGCAGAGGCGAUGCAGGGCCGCGUACUUCCUGGAGGACCCGCUGCCCACGGCCGACGUGUUCGCCGGCUGCCAGAUCCCGUACCCGAAGCGCGAGUUCCUGACGGAGGAGGAGCCGGACGACAAGGGCGACAAAAAGACCCAGCAGGCGCCGCCGGCGAACACGCACACGAACGGGGCGGCGCUGGGGCAGGACAGCGGCCACGCCGGGGGUCACGCCGGGGGUCACGCCGGGGGUCACGCCGGGGGUCACGCCGGGGGUCACGCCGGGGUCACGUCGGGGGUCACGCGCCCGGACCGCCGCUCAAGAAGGUGCGCGUGGCCCCGCCCCACCACUACCUCAGGCCUCAUCCUGGCCUCGGACUACCAGCGCUCGAACCCGCUCGCGGCCUUUCCCCGGCGCGGCGCAGGCGCAGAGCGGCCUGGGCUACCCGGGGCCGGCGCCGCCGCCGCAGUACUCGCACCCGGGCGCCGCUGCCGACACGCGUGUCCGCGGCGCCGCGUGGGCGGGGCCCGCCGGGGGCGGGGGCGGGGCCGGGCGCGGCGGCGCCGCCCACGCGGGUCCCCACCCCCGGCGCCCACGCGUGUCCUCCCCACGCCCACGCGCGCCCAGCCGCCGCCGCCGCCGGAGGACGCCGGACGCGCACACGCGUGAUCACGCGCGUGGACACGCGCGACCCCCGCGGGAGGACGCGCGCCCCCGGCGCCGGAGACGCGCGGGAUCGGGGCGAGGGGCCGCGGGGGGGAGCGCGCACGCGUGGGUCCGUCCACGCCUGCGCGCGUGGGUCCACGCGUGUCGGCCCCCACGCGUGUCCCGGUCCCGGAAUAAAUCUAUUUUCGUAAACGAG